AUGCCGUCUAACUCGUCCCGGACCUCCAAGUCCAGCACAUCUUCCCGGUCAGAACGGAGCCGUCACUCCGAGGCUCGCCAUCUGACGCCGUAUGCAUUACUUGAGCUCGAUAUCCGACAGGGGAAGAAUAAACAUCCUCCGCGAGCCCGCGCCUUCGCCCCCCAUCUCCUGAAGCACCUUACCGAAGGCCAAAAAGACCAACUCCGCCAGCUCGCUGGCGCAGGCGGACCCGACCUCUCUGAUCUACGCGGUUACCCCUCCCUCGGCACCGAACCAUCCAAUACCACCACCACCACCACCACUACAAACAAAAACCACAAGGACAAACCCCUGCCGCUAGCCCUAGCUGCAGCUCCCCUAACCACACGAACACGCUCACGAGACAAAGUCGUCAAGGAAACACCCUACAUAUACGCCCCCACUCCGUCUCCCUCCUCCACGGGACCAAAAGAUACAGCAGCCCAUUGGCACAUAGCAUCGCACUCCCCGCUGCGUUCGCAUCAACCCCGUCGGGUCUUCACGUCCAAUCCCAGCGGUAGCAGCAGUAGCAGUAGCAGUAGCAGUAGCAACAGCAACAGCACCGGCACCAGCAGCAAACCUACUACCAGCAGGGGCAUCUGCUCGUCCCAAUCGUCCCGCUCCUCCCGCUCCGGCUCCAGGACACGGGACAACAACUUCCGCUACGCGCGGCGCAUUCGACACCACCAUCGCAUCACCAACUGUCUGCGGCGACGGGUGCUGGUGCAAGGGGCCAAAGCAGGCAGUAUUGCGCGGUACGGGGCGGGGGCGGAGCCGUACUGGUUGCGGAAACGGCGGUGGUGGGACGGCAAGUUGGAGAGUCAUGCGGAGGCGGAGGUGAGACGCUGGAGACGGUGGCGGGAGAAGGAGGAGCGGAAGCGGUGGCAGGCAAGGUUGAAGGUGGAGCGGGAGGAGCAAGAGUAUUGGACGAGAUGGAGAGAGAAGGAGGUGGAUGGUGAGGUGAAGAGCUUGCUUGCUGUACUUUCUGCUUCUGGAUCUAGGUCUGCUGCUUCUGCUGCUUCUACUGCUCCUGCUGCUGGGUCUGCUGGGUCUAUUGACGAGGGGGCUAGGGCUGCUUCGAGGUCCAGGUCCCGCUCUAGCUCUAGCAACGAGGGGAUGGAUAUGGAGUGGGAAGCGGACAAUGAGGACGGAUUUUAG